ACGUGAUUCUUGGCGAAUCGCUCAUUCGCCUGCUGUGCGGUAGUUUUCGGGUCUCGCCCCUCCCGACUUGCCGGAAUCUUCAGCGGUUUAUUCGCACCUUGCGUGAUUGUGCGCACACGCUGCAGACACUGAACGCACCCUUUUACGGCGUGAGUUCUAAUGGCAAACAUUGCCUCCUGUGUACAUUACAACGAAAUCGAGAGCUUUCUCAUCUUUACCGAGGAAUCGCCAGUGUCUGGGCGCGCUACGUGAGUGUGCACGAUGCUGUUCCUGCUCAUCAGUUUCUUCGUCCUGUGCCUCCCCUUGGCUCUUCCCUUGCUGUGGCUGCGAAUAAGAGCAGUCAGACGCGCUAGUCGCCAAAGGUUUGGAGAAGCACCGCAGACAUGGGGAUUCUUUCACCCCUACGCCGAUGCAUGCGGAGGUGGAGAGAAGGUGCUUUGGGCUGCAGUUCGAGCGGUCCAAGAAAAGUACCCGAGCCAUCACUGCAUUGUGUAUACAGGUGACCAUGGUGUAUCCGGGGACCAGAUAGUUGAAAAAGCCCAAAAGCGUUUCAAUGUCAAGCUUGAGAAGUCCACUCUUCACUUCGUGUUCCUUCACAGCCGUUCGCUAGUUGAAGCACGACUGUAUCCAGUAUUCACUAUAUUAGGUCAGAGCCUCGGAUCGAUGAUAGUGGGCCUAGAAGCCAUCCUCAGCUUUGUACCUACCAUAUUCAUCGACAGCACUGGCUAUGCAUUCACAAUGCCCAUAUUCAAGUUCCUUGGCGGUUGCAAGGUAAUGUGCUACACACAUUAUCCAACUAUCAGCACAGACAUGUUGAGCUCUGUUGAAAGGAGAGUACAGGCUCACAACAACAGGGGACUCAUCUCGAGAAGUGCAGUGCUUACACCCAUCAAGCUGCUGUAUUACCGCAUGUUUGCCAGGCUAUACGCAUACUGUGGUUGGUGUGCUGACCUCGUGAUGGUCAAUUCUAGCUGGACAAAGGGGCACAUCCUUGAGCUGUGGCAGCUGCCAACGCGAACUGUCCUGGUGUAUCCCCCGUGCAGUGUUGCUGAGUUUAAAGCAUUGCCCGUUACUGAAAAAGACAGCGCGUCGAGUGCCGAAUUCAGGGUGCUUUCCUUGUCACAGUUUCGUCCAGAAAAAGACCAUGAGUUGCAGCUAAAAGUGCUGGUUGAGCUCAAGGAGCAGUUGUCUGAAUCAGAGUUUUCCAAGAUUAAGUUCGUGAUGAUAGGUGGCUGCAGAAACCAGGAAGAUGAGCAACGGGUCAUCAGCCUCAAGAGCCUUGCCGCAGAGAUGGGCAUAGAAGACUAUGUGGAGUUCAAGCUCAAUGUUCCCUUUACAGAGUUGAUGUCUGAAAUGAAGAGAGCAUCUGCAGCCAUACAUACUAUGUGGAAUGAGCACUUUGGAAUGUGCGUCGUUGAAUGCAUGGCUGCAGGCCUUCUCAUGGUCGCUCACAAUUCCGGAGGGCCCAAAAUGGACAUAGUGACCGAUUACAAUGGCAAGCGCACUGGAUUUCUCGCGGACAGUGUUUCCAGCUACACAGCUGCCUUCAAAACCAUCCUUGAAAUGGCGCCUGAUGAGAGAAGAGAGACUAGAGAAAAUGCAAGGCUUUCAUCUGAAAGGUUUUCUGAGGAGGUUUUCGUUGAAGCUUUCGUAUCUGCGGUUGAGCCUCUGGCUUCAAAGUUGAAUUGAUGACUGCUGCGCAUCACCACUCAUUGUUUGAUUUAAGCGAAUGUUGCCAAAUAAACACUAAUUUAAACAAAAGAAA